AUGGCCGGCGCCGACCCCAACCGGAGCUUCAUGAAGGACGUGAAGCGCAUCAUCAUCAAGGUGGGCACUGCAGUUAUCACCAGAAAUGAUGGAAGACUGGCUUUGGGCAGGAUUGGAGCCCUGUGCGAGCAGGUCAAGGAUCUUAAUGCUCAAGGAUAUGAGGUGAUUAUGGUCACCUCGGGCGCUGUUGGUGUGGGGCGACAGCGGCUCAGGUACCGCAAGCUCGUCAAUAGCAGCUUUGCUGAUCUGCAGAAGCCACAGAUGGAGCUGGACGGGAAGGCCUGCGCUGCUGUUGGUCAGAGUGGGCUGAUGGCACUCUAUGACAUGUUGUUUACCCAACUUGAUGUGUCAUCAUCACAACUUCUCGUGACAGAUAGUGACUUCGACAAUUCAAAUUUCCGGGAGCGACUCCGCGAAACUGUCGAGUCAUUAUUAGAGCUUAGAGUUAUUCCAAUAUUUAAUGAAAAUGAUGCCAUCAGUACGAGGAAGGCUCCAUACGAGGAUUCAUCUGGUAUAUUCUGGGAUAAUGACAGUUUGGCAGGUCUACUGGCAUUGGAACUGAAAGCUGAUCUCCUUGUUCUGCUUAGUGAUGUGGAUGGCCUCUACAGCGGUCCACCAAGUGAACCUUCAUCAAAGUUAAUACAUACUUAUAUCAAGGAAAAACAUUAUCAUGAAAUUACUUUUGGAGACAAGUCCCGUGUUGGUAGAGGUGGCAUGACAGCUAAAGUCCAAGCUGCUGUGUGGGCUUCAACGGGUGGUGUACCUGUUGUUAUUACAAGUGGAUGUGCAUCUCAGAGCCUUGUUAAAGUUCUCCGUGGGGAAAAAAUUGGUACCCUUUUUCAUAAAAAUGCAAGUUUGUGGGAACCAUCCAAGGACACCAGUGUCCGUGAAAUGGCUGUUGCUGCACGGGAUUGUUCAAGGCAUCUACAGAAUUUGUCAUCAGAGGAGCGCAAGAAAAUAUUAUUAGAUGUUGCGGAUGCUUUAGAGGCAAAUGAGGAUUUAAUUAGAUCCGAGAAUGAAGCAGAUUUAGCAGCAGCACAUGAGGCUGGGUAUGAGAGUGCUUUGGUUUCUAGAUUGACUCUGAAACCAGGAAAGAUAGCAAGCCUUGCCAAAUCUGUUCGCACUCUUGCGAAUAUGGAAGACCCUAUUAACGAGAUACUGAAAAGGACAGAGGUUGCUGAUGGUUUAGUUCUUGAGAAAACAUCUUGCCCUUUGGGUGUUCUAUUGAUUAUUUUUGAGUCCCGACCUGAUGCCUUAGUCCAGAUUGCGUCUUUAGCCAUUCGAAGUGGUAAUGGUCUUCUCCUAAAAGGUGGAAAAGAAGCAAUGAGAUCAAACGCAAUAUUGCAUAAGGUUAUAACCAAUGCUAUUCCUGACAAUGUUGGUGAAAAAUUGAUUGGCCUUAUUACAACUAGAGAUGAAAUUGCGGAUUUGCUGAAGCAUGAUGAUGUCAUUGAUCUUGUCAUUCCAAGAGGGAGUAAUAAGCUUGUUGCUCAAAUCAAAUCAUCAACAAAGAUUCCUGUUCUUGGCCAUGCUGAUGGUGUUUGUCAUGUAUAUAUUGACAAAUCAGCAGACAUGGAUAUGGCAAAACGUAUUGUGAUGGAUGCAAAAAUUGAUUACCCAGCUGCCUGCAACGCAAUGGAGACGUUGCUUGUUCAUAAAGAUCUUAUGAAGACUCCAGAACUUAAUGACAUACUAGUAGCACUCAAGACAGCAGGAGUUAAUCUUUAUUGCGGGCCUGUUGCGCAUAAAGUAUUGGGCUACCCGAAAGCAGAUUCAUUACAUCUGGAGUACAGUUCUAUGGCUUGCACAGUUGAGAUAGUUGAUGAUGUACAAUCAGCAAUUGACCAUAUACAUCGCUAUGGAAGUGCACAUACAGACUGUGUGGUCACUACAGAUGAUAAAGUAGCAGAGACCUUUCUACGUCAAGUUGAUAGUGCUGCCGUAUUAUACAACGCGAGUACAAGAUUCUCUGAUGGUGCUCGUUUUGGACUCGGUGCUGAGGUUGGCAUAAGUACAGGCCGUAUACAUGCACGUGGACCUGUGGGUGUUGAAGGUCUUUUAACUACACGAUGGCUCUUACGAGGGAAAGGGCAAGUGGUGAAUGGUGACAAGGAUGUUGAAUACACCCAUAAGAGUCUUCCUUUGCAAUGA